AUGGCUGUUUUUGCAUCAGGAAGAAAACUGAAAGUAUGUAUCUCACGUCUAUGGAAUGUUUUCCCACUGCAAGUCGAAAAAUGUAUUAAAUUUCGCAUUUCAGACGGACCAUUUGUGAUUUGCACUGUGAAUCGAGCCUGCCAGUUGCCAGAAAUGCAGGUCCAUCACAAUUUCAAAAUGUUCCUGCUCACAAAUCGGAUGGACGGUGUGAAGGGAUUCAUGGCAAGGUUUUUGCGUCGCCGUAUCAUCGAAGCCGAAUUCCGCCUAUCACGUCAGACACAGCCCGAGUUGGUGCGAGUGAUCCAGUUCCUGCCCGUUGUCCUACAGGCCGUGAACACUUUCAUCGAGAAAGCAAACUCACUCGAUGUAACAAUCGGACCACGGAUUUUCCUUCAGUGUCCGUUAGGUGUUGAAGAAUCACGGGCGUGGUUUGUUCGUCUUUGGAACCAGAACAUCGUACCGUACAUGGUCAAGGUGGCCAGAGAGGGAGUCAAAGUACUCGGUCGCUGUGGAUCGUUUGAAGAUCCUACGGACAUCGUGUGCGAACAUUGGCCAUGGUUGGAAGGACCGUCCGGAGAAGAAUGCCUCAAUAGAUUAUCGAUCAAGGAAACGAUUGGACAAUCGCUGCCAAAGCAACCGUUUAAUCCACUCGACACGUUGAUUCGGCUACAAGCCAGCCAAGCAAUUGUAGGAGUCAAAGUACUCGGUCGCUGUGGAUCGUUUGAAGAUCCUACGGACAUCGUGUGCGAACAUUGGCCAUGGUUGGAAGGACCGUCCGGAGAAGAAUGCCUCAAUAGGUGA